CGACCCAGUCAAAGGUUUGAAGCAAAAGCCGCCUCACCAAAGCCGGGCGCGGAUAAAAUAUGGUACGUCUCCGGAUAUAUCCGAAACUUUCCCACGUUUGUGGAUUUUUGUGUUGGAGUCCGCAAGGCAUGCAUUAUUCUUCAUAAACUUACGUCUAUGCUCUCAAAGUCACGGAUACGCAUGUAAUUCCAAAUUCUGGCGUCACAUUGUCCGUGAAAUGUCUUUUCCUGUUCAGGGACUUCUAUCUGAACGUAAGAUUACGCCACACUGGUACUUGUGGCUUCAAAGGUUCAACAUCCUGCACCAAUGAGGACCAGCACAGACUCCCUUUUGCGUCGCAGAGAAAUCAAGACGUAGCUUUCAAAGCAAACAUGUUGCCCUUUUGGCUCGUCUUUCGAUGCAAUAGACACCAAGCCUGUGGUGUCCAUCCAAUGGAGGCUGUCAAGAUCUCACGGGUUAAUUGAAUUGUGAGCCCGUUGCACCCGGACAAUUGCCAUGUACAGUCUUUUUUUCCUCGGACUAUUCGCUCAGAAGCAUCAGACAUCAGGUAUCAUGCAGGUGUUCAAACGUCCAUCGGUGACUUGCAUAUAAUCCUGCGGUUCGCUCGUUCGAUAUAUCUUCCUACCUUCUGUUCAGAUUGUUUGAGGCUAGAACCAUCCCAAGAUGAGUGCCCAGCCUAUAUCCACUCCGGAAGCAUUUGGUCUUGGGGGAAUCGCUGCUUGCAUGGCGGUGACGGUAUCGAAUCCAGCCGAAGUAGCGAAAACACGCCUCCAGUUGCAAGGCGAACUGGCAAAAAAUGGUGGUGUAAAGGUGUACAAGAACACUCUAGAUGUUCUUGUCAAAACUGCUCGCAAUGAAGGGAUCGCAGGCGUUCAGAGGGGUCUCGCACCAGCAUAUAUAUACCAGAUACUGGUCAAUGGAGCACGGUUAGGGUUCUACGAACCUUUCAGGCAAUCUCUGAACCGAUUCGCGGGUUUAUCGCUGAAAGAGCAGACGACCAUCACAUCUACACUGGCCGGUGCGAGUAGUGGUGCUGUUGGAGCAUGUCUCGCGAACCCGCUGUUUUUGGUGAAGGCACGGAUGCAGGCAUAUUCUCCUUCUCUACCCGUGGGGACUCAGCAUCGCUAUAAGGGCUGGUUCGACGCACUUUCUAGCAUAUUCCGAGCAGAGGGCGUGCGAGGGCUAGCAAGGGGGAUGGAUGCUGCAGUCCUGAGAACAGCCAUGGGAUCGUCGGUACAAUUGCCAUCAUACGGCUGGACGAAGAACAAAUUAGUGGCCCAUGGGAUCCUGCCGGCCGAUAGCUUCUGGACAUACUUGGUUAGCAGCUCCGUAUCAGGGAUCUGUGUGCUAACGGUGAUGCAGCCAACGGAUACGACAUUGACACGCAUGUACAACCAACCCACCAAGCGAUUGUCAAACGGGAAGCACGUGGGAGUUUUGUACAAGAAUCCCAUUGAUUGCUUGUGGAAGAUUCUCAAGACCGAGGGACCUCUGGGCUGGUACAAAGGGUCCACGGCACACUUCCUCCGCAUAACUCCCCAUACAAUCAUUACCCUGACAGCGAAUGAUAUGAUCAUCGGCAUGUACAAAAAUGCGUGCUUCAGUUAGAAUAUAGUGUAGAGCGUGUCGUAUAUCAUGAUACAGCUACACAGUAGUUUAUAACAUCCAGAAGCGAGACAUGGCGUUAGGAAACGCAGUGAGAACGGUGAGAAUGUAGUUGAAGACAACAAGGCGACAACGAGGUCCUACAAUCUCCAAAAGA